AUGCCAACUUUCAAUUUGGAUAUAAGUACACGGGCAAACAGUGGUUCUUACACUGUUUCGGGGCUAGGUUCUCGCAAGCAGGCGAUUACGGCCGCGGGAGGAACAACUUUGGACAUCGCCAUUGCCAUGCUCGAAACUGAUACUAUGACUGCAAACUACACUUAUGGUGACGGCAAGACAUACGACAGCGCCAACUUUGGUAUAAUGAAGCAGAAUUGGGGAAUGCUCCGGGAGUGUUCAUCCCAGUUCAAGGGUGAUUCGGUAGACAACUACAACGAUGGUGCCGUCCUGAACUCCAACCUCGGCCAGGACGUCACUGCAUGCCACGAAUGCCAGAACUACUAUGGAGUGGACAAAUGGUUCCGCGGACACCGUAAUGGUGCAUCUGGACUGAUGAACAGCGAUACAACCGACAUCAAUAACUAUAAGGAAGCCGUAUAUUGGAUUCAAAGCCAGAUUCAGAGUAGCAGUAGCUUCCUGACCGAUGAUACUCGAUUUUGGGUUGACGUGACUGCCAUCUAA